AUGAGCUCGCUCGGCGCACCUGCACAGAUCCCCCCGUUGACUCUGCUCCUGUUUCUGGCACUUUUUCUGCUCCUCGUGGAAACAACCACCGUUAAGGGAGUGGGCCGAAACACCAGCUGCACCCUCCUCGCUACCAAGAAAAAACACCACCAUGCCAAGUUAUUUUUCGGCUGGAAAAAUAAUCACAUGAAUCUUCUAGGGGAAAAAAAAAUUAUCAACUGUACAAGAGGAUUAUUUUUCAUAAAUGCUAAUAGAAGGAGCCACCACUUGGGUGGAAGAAGCAACAUCAAACGUUUCAACCUGCAUAGGUACAGUACCAAGGAAAAAAUGCAGGACGAGGCCUACGUUAGUUACUUGAAAAAGUAUGUUGUCGACGAUAAAAAAUUGGGGCAAGUUGCGAGGGAAGUAGUACCAAAUGGGCAAGAAGGAAACCUCGCCCCUGAUGGGGUUCUCCAAAUCGAAGAGCUGAUAAAAGAAAGGAUAAGGAAGGAAGAAGAGGAGUUGUUCGCAUUCCUUCAGAAGGUGAACGAGACAUACAAGCUACAGUCCACCCUGAGGGUAGUCGGAGGUUGGGUACGAGACAAAUUUCUUGGCAUCUCAAAUGAUGACAUAGACGUUACAGUAGAUAAUAUGAAAGGAUCCGAAUUUUGUAACUAUAUAAAAGAGUACAUAAAGGAAAAGGAAAAAAAAAAUUUUAAUUUUGGUAUUAUCAAAAUUAAUUCAGAUCAGUCUAAACAUUUAGAAACAUCCAGUUUUCAUCUUUUUAAUUUUCAAGUGGACAUUGUAAAUUUGAGGAAUGAAAAAUAUACAGAAGAGAGUCGCAUCCCAGAAAUUGUUAUUGGAACUCCAGAGGAAGAUGCACUGAGAAGAGACUUCACUGUGAAUGCACUCUUCUACAAUUUGAGCAGUCGACGAGUAGAAGACUAUACCAAAAGAGGCAUUCUGCAUUUAAAGAAUAAAGUUAUCUGCACACCACUUGAUCCAUAUACAACCUUCCUCGAUGACCCUCUUCGAAUAAUCAGGUGCAUUCGAUUUUGUGGGGUUUUUAACUUUCUCGUGGAGAAGUCCAUUUUCGACGUUCUAAAAAACGAACAUAUUAUGAAGGCCUUUAAAAAGAAAAUUUCGAGAAGUAGACUCUCCACUGAAAUUCUAAAAAUAUUUUCCAAGAGGUGUGAAAAUAUCGUUCUAUCUUUGACCUUGUUAAAUUAUAGUUCCUAUGCGAAGGAAAUUUUUUCUCUACCACAGAACAUCUUUGUAAAGAAUGAAGAGGUGUUUGAACAACCUCGGCGGAAGGGUGACAAGUUGAACAGGAAGGCGGAUCACCUCCCCGCGGGGGAUGCCCUCCUUCCUGGCUCUACCGUGCCAGGUAGCACGAAGAAACUCCACGUCGGGGGGGAUACUAACGAAACGACUAACAAAGAUGAGAACGGUGUUGCCCCCCAAAAUGGGGGCAUCCAUCACGAGGAAGGCCACGGGCAGGGAACAUUUGUCAACGGUUCCUCCAGGGGUGACAGUAAAAUGGACCGCAUGACGAACACCCUUGAAACAGGGGCGUACUCCAAUCCAGAGGAAUCGCCCCAAACAAAUGGGGAUGGAGAAACAGACUGGUGUGCGGAAGGACUGCAAUACGUAAAAUUUUUUAAGGACAUGGAAAAGAACAACCUGUUGAGGGAAAGCUUCCCGGGGCUGGAUUACCAUGAAAAUUUGAACAACGUGCAGCUCUGUUUGUACCUUCUGUCGCUAAAAAAUCAUCACGUGCAUGUAAAAAAGGGAGGAAAGACGGAACCAGUCGUGGACUUCAUAAUUAGGGAAUCCCUAAAAUUUCCACUCAAGCAUGGAAAAUUUUGUGUGCAGAUAUAUGAAGGGUUUAGCAGCCUGUACAAGCUGUACAAAAACAUGGACGUUUUUAAUUUUUUAAAAAAUAGCACUUGUGAUGGGAACAAGAAUGCACACAUCACUGGGGAUAUUGUAUUGUUCCUUAAAAGUGUUGGAGAGAAAUGGGAUUUGCUACUUUUAAUUUUUUUUAUCUUCCACAAAUAUAAGGAGGUGAAUAAAAUGUUCGUGACCACCAUCACCGCGGACGUGUACUUGUCAGACUUCGCCAAAAAGCUAUACCAGUAUAUUUUGAAAAAUAAAUUGCAGACAGCUUAUAACGUCAAGCCGUUUCUCAAGUGGCCGGACAUUCGGCACAACUUCCCGCAACUCUCGCCCAACAGAAUCGGCGAGGUGUACGAGCAAAUUAUUCGGUUUUCCUGCAUCCACGGAGAGAAUGAAGCCAAGUGUAUCGAGUUUUUAAAGGAUCACUUCAAAGAGUAG